AUGGCAAAGAAGAAAUUUACUGGUUUAGAAAUCACUCUGAUUGUCCUCUUUGUUAUAGUUACUAUAAUAGCUAUUGCCCUAAUUAUUGUUUUAGCAACUAAGACACCUGCUGUUGAUGAAAUUAGUGCUUCUACUUCACCUACCACUCAUACAACCACUGCGUAUCCUGGUUCAGGAAAUUGUCCAAGUGAGAUAAAUGAUCCUAUCAAUGAGAGAAUAAACUGCAUUCCAGAACAAUUUCCAACACAGGCAGUUUGUGAAACGCGAGGUUGCUGCUGGAAGCCAUGGAAUGACUCUCUUAUUCCCUGGUGCUUCUUCGUAGACAACCAUGGCUACAAUGUGGAGACAAUGACAACAAAUAGCACCGGCCUUGAAGCCAGAUUAAACAGGAUACCUUCACCUACGUUAUUUGGAAAUGACAUUAACAACGUUCUCUUAACAACUCAAAGGCAGACACCCAAUCGUUUCCGGUUCAAGCUUACGGAUCCAAAUAAUAUAAGAUAUGAAGUUCCUCAUCAGUAUGUACAAGAAUCUACUGGAACACCAGAUUCUGAAACUUUAUAUGAUGUGCAGGUUGCAGAAAAUCCAUUUAGCAUCCAAGUUAUUAGAAAAAGCAAUGGGAGAACUUUGUUUGACACCAGCAUUGGUCCCCUGGUGUACUCUGACCAGUAUUUACAGAUCUCAACCAGACUUCCCAGUGAAUAUAUUUACGGUAUUGGGGAACAUGUUCAUAAGAGAUUUCGUCAUGAUUUAAACUGGAAAACAUGGCCAAUUUUUACCCGGGAUCAACUGCCUGCUGAUAAUAAUAAUAAUUUAUAUGGCCAUCAAACAUUCUUCAUGUGCAUUGAAGAUACUUCUGGAAGUUCAUUUGGUGUUUUCUUAAUGAACAGCAAUGCAAUGGAGAUUCUCAUCCAACCUACCCCAAUAGUAACUUACAGAGUUAUUGGUGGCAUUCUGGACUUUUAUAUCCUUCUGGGAGAUACACCAGAACAAGUAGUUCAACAGUAUCAAGAGCUUGUUGGACUACCAGCAAUGCCGUCAUAUUGGAGUCUUGGGUUCCAACUGAGUCGCUGGAAUUAUGAGUCACUUGAUGUAGUAAAAGAAGUGGUACAAAGAAAUCGGGAAGCUGGCAUACCAUUUGAUACACAAGUCACUGAUAUUGACUAUAUGGAAGACAAGAAAGACUUUACUUAUGAUCAAGUUGCAUUUAGUGGGCUCCCUGAAUUUGUUCAAGAUUUGCAUGACCAUGGACAGAAAUAUGUCAUCAUCUUGGACCCUGCAAUUUCCAUAGAGAGACGUACUGAUGGAUCAGCAUAUGAAGCCUAUGAGAGAGGAAAUGCACAAAACGUGUGGGUAAAUGAGUCUGAUGGGACUACAGCAGUUAUUGGAGAGGUAUGGCCAGGAUUAGCAGUAUUCCCUGACUUCACUAAUCCAAGCUGCAUAGAUUGGUGGGCAAAUGAAUGUAGCAAUUUCCACGAAGAAGUAGCAUAUGAUGGACUUUGGAUUGACAUGAAUGAAGCUUCCAACUUUGUUCAAGGUUCAAGUAAAGGAUGCGAUGACAACAAACUGAAUUAUCCACCUUUUACUCCAGAUAUUCUUGACAAACUCCUGUAUUCCAAAACACUUUGCAUGGAUGCUGUGCAAUACUGGGGGAAACAGUAUGAUGUUCACAGCCUCUAUGGAUACAGCAUGGCUAUAGCCACAGAGAAAGCUAUAGAAAAAGUUUUUCCUAAUAAGAGAAGCUUUAUUCUCACCCGGUCAACUUUUGCUGGAUCUGGAAGCUAUGCUGCACAUUGGUUAGGGGACAAUACUGCUUCAUGGGAACAAAUGGAAUGGUCUAUCACAGGAAUGCUGGAGUUUGGUUUGUUUGGAAUACCUUUGGUUGGAGCAGAUAUCUGUGGAUUUGACGGUAAUACCACAGAAGAGCUUUGCAGACGAUGGAUGCAACUUGGGGCAUUUUAUCCAUUUUCCAGAAACCAUAAUUCUGAUGGAUAUGAGGAUCAGGAUCCAGCAUUUUUUGGACAGGAUUCUCUUUUAGUUCAGUCAUCAAAGCAGUAUUUGAAUAUUCGCUAUACCUUAUUACCUUUCCUCUAUACUCUGUUUUAUAAAGCCCAUACAUUUGGAGAAACAGUAGCAAGGCCACUUCUUCAUGAGUUUUAUGAGGAUACAAAUAGCUGGACUGUGGACACGCAGUUUUUAUGGGGCCCUGCAUUACUUAUUACCCCUGUCUUGAAAGAGGGAGCAGAUACAGUGAGUGCAUAUAUCCCUGAUGCUACUUGGUAUGAUUAUGAAACUGGUGCAAAAAGGCCAUGGAGAAAACAAAGUGUUGAUAUGUAUCUUCCAGCAGACAAAAUAGGAUUACAUCUUAGAGGAGGUUAUAUUAUCCCCAUUCAACAACCUGACGUAACUACAGAUGCAAGCCGAAAGAACGCUCUAGGACUUAUAGUUGCUUUAGAUGAAGAUAACACAGCAAAAGGAGACUUUUUCUGGGAUGAUGGAGAAACUAAAGAUACCAUAGAAAAUGGCAACUACAUUUUAUAUACAUUUUCAGUUUCUAAUGACAGAUUAGAUAUUACAUGCACACAUUCAUCAUACCAGGAAGGAACCACUUUAGCAUUUGAGACUAUAAAAAUCCUUGGGUUGACAGAGACUGUUACAGAAGUUACAGUGGUGGAAGAUAAUCAACCAGCAGAAGCUCACAGUAAUUUCACUUAUUAUCCCUCCAACCAGUAUCUCCUAAUUUACAAUCUCAGCUUGAACCUUGGAGGAAAUUUUGCCAUCCAAUGGACUCAAACUUUUACAGAAAAUGAAAAGUUUACUUGUUAUCCAGAUGCAGACAUUGCAACUGAAGAAAAGUGUGAAGAACGUGGCUGUCUUUGGGAAACGGUUUCUUCAGACUCCAGAGCACCCGACUGUUACUUUCCUACAGAAUACAAUCCUUAUUUAGUCACUUCAACUCAGUAUUCAUCGAUGGGCGUGACAGCUGACCUCCAACUGAAUACUGCACGGGCUCGAAUAAACCUACCUUCUGAAGCCAUCUCAACUCUUCGUGUGGAGGUGAAAUAUCACAAAAAUGAGAUGCUGCAGUUUAAGAUUUAUGAUUUCCAAAAUAAGAGAUAUGAAGUUCCAGUACCAUUAGACAUUCCAGAUACGCCAACAAGUACUUAUGAAAAUAGACUUUACGAUGUUGAAAUCAAGGAAAAUCCUUUUGGCAUACAGAUUCGACGGAGAAGCACAGGAACAGUUAUUUGGGAUUCUCAACUACCUGGAUUUGCUUUUAAUGACCAGUUCAUUCAAAUAUCUACUCGCCUGCCAUCAGAAUACAUAUAUGGUUUUGGAGAAGUGGAACACACAGCAUUUAAGCGAGAUCUGAACUGGCAUACUUGGGGAAUGUUCACAAGAGAUCAACCCCCUGGGUAUAAACUUAAUUCCUAUGGAUUUCAUCCCUAUUACAUGGCUCUGGAAGAUGACGGCCAUGCUCAUGGGGUUCUCUUACUUAACAGCAAUGGAAUGGAUGUUACAUUUCAGCCAACACCUGCUCUAACUUACCGCGUAAUUGGAGGAAUCUUGGACUUUUAUAUGUUUUUGGGCCCAACUCCAGAAGUUGCAACAAAGCAAUACCAUGAAGUAAUUGGCCGACCAGUCAUGCCACCUUAUUGGUCUUUGGGAUUCCAAUUAUGUCGUUAUGGAUACAGAAAUACUUCACAGGUGCAGCAAGUAUAUGAGGAAAUGGUAGCUGCUCAGAUCCCCUAUGAUGUUCAAUAUACAGACAUUAAUUACAUGGAAAGGCAACUAGACUUUACAAUUGGUGAAGAAUUCUCUGAACUUCCUCAGUUUGUUGACAGAAUAAGAGCGGAAGGAAUGAGAUACAUUAUUAUUCUGGAUCCAGCAAUUUCAGGAAAUGAAACACAGCCUUAUCCUGCAUUUGAAAGAGGACAGGAGAAAGACGUCUUUGUCAAAUGGCCAAACACCGAUGAAAUUUGUUGGGCAAAGGUUUGGCCAGAUUUACCUAAUAUAACUAUUGAUGAAAGUCUAACUGAAGAUGAAGCUGUUAAUGCUUCCAGAGCUCAUGCAGCUUUUCCAGAUUUCUUCAGGAAUUCCACAGCGGAGUGGUGGGCAAGGGAAAUUUUAGAUUUCUACAAUAACAAGAUGAAGUUUGAUGGCUUGUGGAUUGAUAUGAAUGAGCCAUCAAGCUUUGUAAACGGAACAACUUCUAAUCAAUGCAGAAAUGAUCAGCUAAAUUAUCCACCUUAUUUCCCAGAACUCACAAAAAGAACUGACGGAUUACAUUUCAGAACUUUGUGUAUGGAAACCGAGCAGAUUCUUAGUGAUGGAUCAUCUGUUUUGCAUUAUAAUGUUCACAAUCUCUAUGGAUGGUCACAAAUGAAACCUACUUAUGAUGCAGUGCAGAAGACAACUGGCAAAAGAGGAAUCGUUAUUUCUCGUUCCACGUAUCCUACUGCCGGAAGAUGGGGGGGACACUGGCUUGGAGACAACUAUGCACGAUGGGACAAUAUGGACAAAUCCAUCAUUGGUAUGAUGGAAUUUAGUCUCUUUGGAAUGUCAUAUACUGGAGCAGAUAUCUGUGGUUUCUUCAACGAUUCGGAAUAUCAGCUCUGUACCCGCUGGAUGCAACUUGGAGCAUUUUAUCCAUACGCAAGGAAUCACAACAUUGCAAAUACUAGAAGACAAGAUCCUGCUUCCUGGAAUGAAACUUUUGCUGACAUGGCAAGGGAUAUUCUAAAUAUUAGAUACACUUUAUUGCCCUAUUUCUAUACACAGUUGCAUGAAAUUCAUGCUAAUGGUGGCACUGUUAUCCGACCCCUUUUGCAUGAGUUCUUUGAUGAAAGGGCAACCUGGGAUAUAUUCAAGCAGUUCUUGUGGGGUCCAGCAUUUAUGGUUACCGCUGUACUGGAACCUAAUGUUGAUGUUGUAGAAGGCUACGUCCCUAAUGCUCGGUGGUUUGAUUACCAUACGGGCGAAGAUAUCGGUAUCAGAGAAACUUUUAAUGUAUUUGACGCUCCUUUAGAUAAAAUAAACCUACACGUCCGUGGUGGUUACAUUCUGCCGUGUCAAGAGCCUGCUCAAAACACAGUUUACAGUCGACUAAAUUACAUGAGGCUCAUUGUUGCGGCGGAUGACAAUCAUACAGCACAAGGGUCUCUGUUUUGGGAUGAUGGAGAAACUAUAGAAACCUAUGAAAGAGACAUAUAUUUCUUGGUACAAUUUAAUUAUAACCAGAACACUUUGAUAAGCACUAUAUUGAAAAAUGGUUACAUAAACAGAACUGAAAUGAGACUUGGAUACAUCGACAUAUGGGGGAAAGGAACGACUCCUGUUACGGAGGUUUAUCUCACAUAUAAUGAAAAUACAGACUCAGUUCAGUUUACUGAAGAAGCAGACAAGGAGAUAUUAAAUCUUGACCUGAGAGCGAAUAAUGUUUUUCUAGAUGACCCAAUAGAAAUCAACUGGUCAUGAAGAUCAUCAUCAAUUCCUGUUGUCAAAGGGAAAUUAACACCUGGACCUCAGUCUCCCUGUACUUAUAAUUUUCCCUCUUCACUGGUUUCUUAUGUUGUGUAAAAUAUGAUUUUCAUAACAUCUAUAUAAAGUUAUUGAACAGUGUACUUGAUAUUAAUACUAAUUUUAUUAUAUUAAUGUGGCCUGGAUUCAAUUUUUUUAACAUAUUUAGUAGGAUUUAACUAGUUCUAGUUACUAAGUAUCAGAUAAAACUAUAAACUAGUUACUAAAUAUAUUUGU